GAAGGCAGACGACAAUCGACAGAUCUAACGAAUUUUCAGUAAAGCCAGACGACCAUUAUCCAGUCAACUGGUUAGUGGCGAAGGAGAAGUUGGAAGAGUGCCGAAUGAUGAAUCAACAAUAUUAUCUACGAAAUGGAUUCAGUUAGAACGUCACAUGUUUACUAAUUAUUGUUAAUAACUCGUUUGAUAUUAUUAGACAUGUGUUGCUAUCAUAGGGAAAUCCCUAGCUGUUGAUAAGAUUACAAAAUGAGUUAAAGAAGAUGCUGUGAUUAUCGUCGGCAGUUUCUCUGUCAAACUGCACAAAAUGAAAAAUAAGGAACUGAUAAAAGAAAGUAAAAAAGGAAGCAAGCACAGUCCGGUUAACGAACCAGAAAAUGCAGACGAGGGAAAGAGUAAGAAAGAAAGCUCGAAAGAUGGCAAGGAACAGAGAGAUGCGAAAAGUUUGAGAGCUAAAUUUCAGCUAAGGAAAGAAAAGAACCCAGAAUUAAAGUUUGAAGGGGAAGGAGUGACUUUCAAAGCUAAACUGAUUGGAAUUGAGAAAGUUGAUGAUGCUAGAGGUGAUAAAAUGUGCCAAGAAUCUCUACAAAGAUUAAAAGCGGCAGUUAAAUUGGCGGGGGAGCAUAAACAGAAAAUUUUGUUGGGAAUAUCGUUGGAUGGUGUCACGAUAAAAGAUGAAAAGACUGGAGAGUUAAUGUAUAAUCAUCAAGUUCAUAAAAUAUCAUUCAUUUCUCAAGAUGUUGGUGAUGCAAGAGCUUUUGGAUACGUAUUCGGUGCUCCCCACAGCGGUCAUCAGUUUUUUGCCAUCAAAACUGAAAAAUCGGCAUCGAAUGUCGUAAUUGCAUUAAGGGACUUAUUCCAAACAGUAUUACAGAUGAAAAAACAGGAAAUGGAGAAAGUCAGACAACAACAAGAUAACUCAACUCCAGUAAGCGAAGAAAAAGAACAAAAUAUAGUUCAAACUAGUGAUGCCACGAAUAGUGAUUUUGCCGAAUACCGAACAUUUGGCUACGCUCUUGGCCGAAGCGCCGAAUAUUCGGCGGCCGAAUGUUCGGCAAAAUAUGUGUACAUUUCGCAAGGCAUUGCUCAAAUGGAUAAUAGCAUAGCAAAAGCUGCUGCAAUAAAUUCGUCCUUUGAUUUGGAACUACCAUUUCCCCCACUUUCGACUCCUUUUGUAGCAACACAGGCCUCUUGUCAGAAAGAUAUCAGCACUUCGGAAUUGGCUGUUGGAGCAUCACCGAGUCAGUCGAUAGCUUCCAUUUCUGAUUCUAGAGACAGUAAUAUGGAUGAUGACGUUCCUUUGAAUGUUACUCCCGAAUUGGAAAAACCCAAAGACAUUCAGGUUGAAGAUAGAUAUGCAGUUUUUUCUGAUUUGGAUUCAUUACCAAGCAUUUUUGAAAAUCCAUACAUUGUUGAGGUGCCCGCUGUUAAUGAUACGUGUAAAGCUGAAAUGGAUUUACUAAAAGAUGGUAAUAGUGAUAGCGAGAAUACGCUCAGUGACACCCCGUCUCGUCCACCUUCAAGGUCACCUAAUUUGUUUGACACUUCGGUUUUUGCCGAUCUAGAUCCGUUGGGAAAAAAUCGUCCCUAUGUGGACAAAAAGGAUUUUUUUCAAGACCUGAAGAAACCUAAAAAGGUGCUAAAAGAUUUGGCAGGAGAAGGUUCUGAAGAUAAUUUAUUUGAUCAUGAUCUUUUGCAGUCUCCUCACAGUUCUGUAAGUGAUCUGAGUGUAGGGGUGGCUUCCGUACAUAGUGGCAAUGGUAAUCCUUUUAAAUCUGAAAUGGAAUGCCCUUCUCCAUCACCCUCUCCAUCCAAGUUGCUCCCUAAACAAGCUUCAGUGACUAGUAAUUUAGAAAAUCAAACAAACUAUGAAAAAUUACCCGUGGAAAUUUCAAAUUCACCAAGUAGAAAUCCUUUUAAUCCCUUUAUCAAUAAUAGUACUAUAGAUAUACCACCACCAACAGUUCCACCACCAUGUAUACCAGCCAGAGGUUCCGAACCGCUCUUCCAAACCGUGCCAUCUCCUCCGCCUCGACCUCCCAGCAGAAAUUGCACCACUCCGACACCGCCACUUCCCAAGAGAAAGCUACCACAAUCUCAAUACAGUCAAGUCUCAAAAAAUUAUGAGGAAAUGUGGAACGGAAGAGAAAACUGCAACACAAACGGAGACGUAUUUGCUCCUCCAAUACCAAUUCCCGCACGCAAACCUCCUUUACCAUACAGGUGUGGCUCUCCGCUCCUGGCAAACAGCCCCGCUUCCAUUCGAAGACAGCUGCUGAGAGGUUCUGCUUCGAUCGACACCGAUUCUCCCGUUACUUUCUCUCGCCACUCUAGAAAUCUCGGAUUUAAUGGUGCACAAUCAGAAGAGCCAAAUAAUUCUCCUAAGGUUCUGUAUUCAAAAAAUAUAAGUCCACAAUGUUCUGUGUCUUCCUCUCCAUCAAAAACUAGAAAUCCCUUUGAGACUCCAAAACUUCCCGAUUCGGUCAAUGGUGCUUUUCCUACUCAGUUAUCGUCGCCACCUCUUCCGGCGAGACCUCCUAAAUCUCCCAUCAAGACGGCCACUUCCGUUCAAUUGCCCGACGGAUGCGAAACCUCGGAUUCCAAGAAGACCGACACGACACACAAAGAAACCGACAUCAGUAUAUUUCAAAGAAAACACGAUCCAUUCGACGAUGAAUUCUUCACUUCUCUUCCUAGAAAGUCUAAUCAGAAAGAUUGUUACGAAACUACAAGAAGUGCUUCGGAAUCGGACGCCAAUAGCAACAGCACUAAAGGUUGACAAAAAUUAUCUCCGGCAUUGGAAUUAAUUUUACAAGAAGACUCCAAAUCAGUGUGAAAGAGCUGUAUUAAGGAGAUUUAGCCUUUGAGUCACUCGAAAAGAAGUUUCUUAGUGUUUCCUCAUAACUAGGAAUUGGAUAUGAGAAAUAAUGUAAAAUAAUGUACGUACUUGGAAUUUCAUUACUUUUAAUUCUCAUUGUAUAAAUUUCUCAUUGCUCUUCGGAAUUUAUCUGUAAAUAUUCAUCCCGUCAGGAAUUUGUAGUUUGUUACAAAUACACUUUUGUCAGGUUCGAUUGUAAUUAUUGUUAUCGUACGAUAAGAAUGCGCGUCCGUUUUAUCGUAUCUAAAUAAUUGUUGUUCUGUUGCAAACGUUAUCGUAUGAGAUUUUUAUAAAACAUUUUUAUAUAAGAAAUCUUUCAUCUCUUCUUAAUUUUUAAUCUUUUAGGAAAAUUCCAUUUAAUCUUUGUAAAAUGUUAAUCGAGUAGUCGAUCGGGAAUGUUCGAUCUGGUAUUCUCCGUUGAUAUUGUCAUGCUUUCCAUAUUUAUUUUUAAAUAUAUAUAUACAUAUAUAUAUACAUUGAUGUAAAGAAGUUUAAACUUUUGUAGUUUAAUGUUGAUUUUUAUAAUUACAAAUUAUAAUAUUUCUGAUGCCAUUAGUAAAAUUUGCCCUGGAUAACGGGGGGGUGUAUGCAAAUGUGUGUGUUUUGUAGAUAUCCAUGUUACAUUUAUAAACUAUGUAAAGUUUAAUUGAAUUUUUUGUAAAUAUUUCCUAUGAACAUAAAUGAAAUUGUUUCUGCUAGACAAAGUACAUAGAUUGUUGUUAGAAUUACACUUUCGUUAGUGGUAAAGAUAAUUUAUCUGAUAAAAACUGCAUUUAAUGAAUUUAAAGUCUGAGGCAAUCCGUUAUUUGAAAUGUGCCAUCUUCGUAAUUGUCCCCUUUUGUAUGGUUCUUUUGCUUUAACUCUUCAUUUUCUCUUUGUAAACAAAUACAGGUUACUAAUAACUUGUUUAAAUAUGAGUGGUCUCUCAGGCAGACCUAAAAAUGCAUUUAUUCUUGGAUCGAAAGGAUCGAUCAUUAUUCGUUGCGUAUUUAUUAAUCUUUCGAGACUUUGUAAAAUUGUGAUAGUCCUUCCACGUAUUAAAAUAACACGUACCUAUUGAUAUGUGUAAAAUCUACAAAUCGUAGGCGAACAUUGAGUUUUGUGGUUGUGUAUCGAGAAUUUUCGAAUGCCAAAAUUCUUGUCCGUAACAGCUCUUUAUUGCAAAAUAGGAAACGGUUCCACUAAUACUUUACUUCGAGCCGAUAACAAUAUUAAAACUGCCAGUCGUUUUGAAAAUAUUGUUUUAAAUCUGUAGAUUCGUAUCUUUUAUAUUUCAUUAAUGGUUCGGUUUAUCGGUUGCAUUAACAGCAAAGACAUUUAUGGAAGUUCCGUCUUCUUGCAAACAAGGAAGGGUCUUCAAAACUGAUUUUUUUCCAUCUGGUGAUUUCCGUUUUCCUAACAAAAAGGAAAGCUUAUGAGAAAUUUUCAAUUUUGAUAGGAUUAGUUCUCGUCUAAUGGGCGUGUUGCUUUUAAUCAAAUAUUCGUCUUCCAUGUUAAAACAAAUAUAUAUAAAUAUAUAUAUAGGCAGGAGUCUUUCUUUCAAUACAUAGAACUUUGAUGUUUCGUGUACAAGUAGAUAGCUACUUUAGAUUAAAUUAGUCUAGGUUACUCGAGUAGAUAAUUUAAAAUUUGGAUACAUUUGCUCAAGAAAAUUAUUUACUGCUUGUUUUAAACCAGAAUCCAUUCUUGUGUUGAGAUAUUUAAUGUUUAUUAUUUAAAAAAAUAUAUAUACAUAUACAUAUAUUCAGAAUGUACAUAUACACAUACGAACAAUAUUACAUUAAUUGUUUGCAAGUUAAAAAAGAAAAAAUUAUAUACGUGUAUUAAACUGCAGCGUAACAAAUUAACGUGCAGUUCGGCACAAUGUGCAAAAAUAUCUAUUUUGAAAAUUAGAUUACAAAAAAUAUAUAUGUAAAAAAAAAACUAGUUACGAUUUCGUUGAUUCAGAGGUUGUCGUGCAGUCGAAAAUCGAUGUUUUGCCCAACGACUCCUUGAUUUUUCUUUAAUGUACAGUACAUAUUAAUUUCGAUUCCGGAAUCGGAAGGUUGUGAUGCCAAAA